AUGGCCCCUAUUGCUGUCGACACACCCAAGCUCGGCCUCGCCCGGCCCCUCAAGCCCGAGAGCUCGAGGACCAAGGCGGUCAUGUACCGCACGGUCGACCCGUCGCCCGUUGCAGUCAAGACCGACAACAUCUACGUCACCUUUGAGGAUGGCAGUGUUGUCAUCGAUGCCAUGGGUGGGGCAGCCGUGUCCAUCCUUGGCUUUGGCAACCAGACGGUCAUCCAGGCGGUCAAGGACGAGAUGGACCGGUGUGGUUACAUCUACGCCGGGUUCUACUCCAACUCGGCGUCCGAGAGGCUCGCCUCCUUCCUCAUCGACCACAGCGAGGGCGACUUUGCCGGCGUCAACUUUGUCGGCGGUGGCUCCGAGUGUAUCGAAUCGUGUCUCAAGCUCGCAAAGCAGUACUGGUGGGAGAAGGGGAACACGACCAAGCGGCGCUUCAUCGGUCGCAAGAUGAGCUACCACGGGAACACAAUUGCGGCGCUGUCCGUCGGCUGGCAUCCGAUCAAGCGGCUGCCGUUCGCGUCGCUUGUCAACGAGGACAUGUUCUCCUGGGUGUCGGCUGCGCACUACGUGCACGACGGGCAACCUGGCGAGUCCGAGGCGGACUAUGCGACUCGACUGGCCGACGAGCUGGAUGCCGAGAUUCGGCGUCUUGGGCCCGAGACUGUCGCGGCGUUUGUGUUCGAGCCGAUGGUUGCGACGUCGAUCGGUGCGGCGCUCCCGCCGAAGACCUACUUUACCAAAAUCAAGGCGGUGUGUGACAAGCACGACGUGUUGUUGGUGUGUGACGAGAUAAUGUGCGGCAUGUGGCGCACCGGCAAGAUGUUCACCUACUGGCGCAUCGGCGAAGGUGUCAAGCCCGACCUUGUCGCGACGGCCAAGGCGCUCGGCGGAGGCUACGUGCCCAUUGCCGCGGUGUUCGCCUCGCCCAAGAUCAUGGACGCGAUUCACAACGGCAGCGGGAUCUGGAACAAUGGCUUCACGUAUACGUCGUUUGGCGUGUCGUCGGCUGGUGCACUCGCCGUGCAAAAGAUCCUCGUCGAGGGCAACUACACGGACAAGAUUUACGCGCUAGAGAAGCAGAUUGGCGCGACUCUUCGCCGCGAGCUCGCCGGGCUGGACGACUUUGUCGCCGACAUCCGAGGCCUCGGCCUGAUGUGGGCCGUCGAGGUCAAGGCACCUGGGCAAAAGGACUUUAAGCCGCGUCUCGGCGCCCGUGUCCAGCAGCGUGCCCUUGAGCUCGGUAUCACGGUGCUUGGCAUGGCCGGCGUGCGUGAGGAUGGCGACGGCGACAUUGCUAUGAUCUGCCCGCCGGCAAUCUGCACCGAGGAGCAGAUGGACACGAUUUGUACGAUCCUGGCGCAGGCGGUCAAGGAUGUGCGCGCGGAGGUGGGCGCGGAGGGCCUUGCAGAAGUGGGCGCGGCGUGA